AUGGGUAUGCUUCCGUUUCUGGACCAGCCGGUCCUAAUACACUCUUCCAGAGUGAUGGGAGAAUGUACCAUGACCCCGGAACAAUGUGCUUAUAAGAAGAGGUAUUGGGUGAACUGGUAUCAGGCUGAUCAUCACUAUGCCUUGCCGACUGUUGCGUUCUUCAUGGUCGCUAUAGGCCUCUUCAUUAUAGCACAUAUAACAUCCUCGCUCACUCCACAAAGUGCGAAGAAGCGUUCAAUCUGGUUUCGUCCAGUUGCUUUUCUUCGAUACCUCUCCUACAAGACAUGGCGGAUUGCAGGGUGGAAUACUCAGUCUCUCGGUGUGUGCCUACUAGGUGCAGCUGGACUGGUCUAUUUCCUAUCUAUGAUGCUGGGGCCCCAUCCUUAUUACUGGCCGAAUACAAUGGAAAUCAGCUACGGUGACUCUCCACCCAUCGCCACGCGUUCCGGGUUCUUAGCAUUGGCAUGUAUGCCUUUCCUCAUUAUCCUCGGCGCCAAAUCCAAUCCCAUCACCGCAUUGACGGGCAUCUCUCAUGAGAAACUAUUCGUUUGGCACAACUGGGUAGCGUGGGCCAUGUUCGUACUAGCCCUCGCACACACAUUCCCGUUCAUCGUUUACCACAUGUGGAAAGGAGACAUCAGAGAACAAUGGACUAGCGGUGGUGUCUGGGUAACCGGCGUCGUCGCAAUCAUCGCUCAAGCAUGGCUUACAUUCAUGUCUAUCCCAUGGAUUCGUAACCGAUACUACGAAUUCUUCAAAGCAACCCACUUUUUCAUGGCUAUGGUCUUCGUCAUCUUCUUCUUCCUACACUGUGACUUCCGUAUGUCCUCUUGGGACUACUUCAUCGCCACCGCCGUACUAUACACCCUGUCAUGGCUAUACUCUCAAUGCAAAACAUGGUUCGAGCACGGUAUCCACCACAAAGCCCGUCUAGUACCCGAGUCGGAAGAAACCCUCAAAGUCACUAUCGAUACAGCCAUGGAGUGGGGUCCUGGUCAGCAUAUCUUCCUGCGCUUUGUCACAUGUGAUAUGCACGCUCUCACUGCACACCCCUUUACCAUCUGCUCUGUUCCACAGAAGGAUAGUAAGAACUUGAAUCAACUUGUCUUCUAUGUCAAGCCGCAUGGUGGUAUCACUGGUCGCCUUAUGGCUCUGGCGAGAAAGAAUCCGGAUUCACAGAUUCCCGUCCUUAUCGAUGGUCCUUAUGGUGGGGUUUCGGUGGGGAGAAUGGAGGGAUUCGAUAAGAGUAUCGUUAUUGGUGGUGGUGCUGGUGCUGGAUUAACAUUAUCCAUGAUUGAGGACUUUGUUCGCGCUUCUUCGUUAACCGAGGAUGAGAAGGAGUUGAAGAUUAUUGUUGCAACGCGUGAUCCCGGUAUGCGCGCGUGGUAUGUACAGGCUCUGGAGGAUCUCGCGACGAGACAAUCGUUGGAGAAACCUGUACCUGGUCUUUCGAUUCAGAUUCAUGAGACUUGUGCAUCGCAUGUGGCUUCGGAAUCGAAGAGUAAGGAGCUGGAGGCGGAGGCAGGUGUGAAGGUCCAGGAUGUGCAUUCCAAUGAGUGCAGUACUUCCUCGGAGUCCUUACCUGCGGAGUUGUUCGGUGUUCAGUGCUUUACUGGACGACCCGACCUGCCAAGUGCUAUCUACCAGAUGGCCAGCUCAGAGGGAAAGUCGGUUUGUGUGGUCGUUUGUGGUCCUUCAUCUAUGACCCAUGAUGUGAGUGCGGCGUCGGCGGAGGUUCAGAGUCGCAUUCUUGCGAAGAAACCGGGUAAUGCGCGGGAGUUGUGGUUACAUAGAGAGAAUUUCUCAUUCUAG